UAUUAUUGUGGGGCUGCCUGCCUCACGUAACUACGCCAAGUGUUUGCUUAUAAUUAGUGCAAGUGGAUUGGAGCAAAUACUCCCCCCCUCUCGAGUGCAAGUGACCGCCACCGCCGUUCAAAGAGCAACGUACGGUACUUUAAAACUCUCCACCAACAAAGGAAAGGAGCCACCCGCCCCCCACUGGUGGGUCAUCGUUUUGUGACUUUCGCCCGAAGGCCCUGAACGACACAGGAAUCAAAUGAAACAAAGCAGUCUCCAGUCCCCCGCCCACACGUAUACAGGGCAGGCGCGCCAGUAAAGAAAGAGCUUCUUUGUUGUCUUGUUUUUAUGUUGGUUGGUUGUUCCAUUUCAUUUGCAACGGAAGAGAAGCCAGCACGCAUAGCCGCCAGAGAUCUCUUACAGCAACAGGCAGCAGCACAAGCAGCGGCACAGGCAACAUGACAGAGAGCGAGGAACUGAUGAACAAGUAUGGAGAGCCCUUGCGCUAUGAUCGGAAUUUCAAGGGACCACGUCAGCGGGAUCGCAGCUGCACGGAUGUGCCCUGCCUGCUGCUGUUCGUACUCUUCCUGGCUGGUUGGGGCUUCAUUGCCCACUAUGCGAUCACCCAUGGCGAUCUCAACAAGCUGAUGGUGCCGACGGACUCGUUCAAUCAGAAGUGCGGCAUCGAUUCGCCUGUUUUGCACAAGAAGAAUUUGUUCUUCUUCAAUCUGGAGCAGUGCAUUGACCCGCUCGUGCCGAUUACUGGCUGCCCCACACCACAAGUAUGCGUGGAGAGCUGUCCCACACAAACGUUCAUCUGGGACACCAUGCACGACAGCCUGAGCUAUGAGGAGCUGAGGAGUCGCCUCAUCUGUUUGACGGAUGAGCACAAGGCAAAAAUUCGCAGCAAAGCCGAUAUGCAGCGGGCCAUCGAUCAGAAUCUCUGCGCUCGCUGGUACAUCAAGAGUGCGCCCUUCCUCAAUCGCUGUUUAUUCGAGUUCUCGCCACAGAUGUGCGAGUUUAUUCCCUCGUUUCUGCUGAAGGGCGGUCGGUCGCGUCGACAGCUAAUGCUGCCCGGCAAUGCCACGUCGGAGCCGGAACUGCAGGCCCAAGCCAUGGCUCUGAGCAUGUCUCAGGCUUUGGUGCUGCCGCAAUCGAACGGCAGGCUGGAGCCCGUGGAAGAAGAGCCAGCGGUGCAGUGCCGACGAAGGCUGAACGAUGCCGUGAUCAAGGAGAAGAUGAAACAAACGGACACACGGCUGGCUAAGAUGGUGGGUAACCUGGUGGCGCAUUUCUACAACGGCACCCACGAUGCCCAGCGGCUGGGCGAGGAGAUUGUCGAGGAUCUGGUCAAUUCCUGGUCCAUUAUCCUGGUGGCCUGCUUCUGUACUCUGAUUGCCUCGCUGGUGUUUAUUGCCCUGAUGCGUUGGCUCUCGGCGCCCAUACUGUGGUUCUCUAUCUUUGGCGUCCUCACCGGCCUUCUGGUUGCCAUCUAUUACACCGUCCGGCAGUACAUCUUCUGGGAGAAGACGCCCACCGUCCCGAUACAUGGUCUCAAUCUGCAGUCGACGGUGAAGAAUGUUCUGCAGAACCAAAAGACCUGGCUCUAUCUGUCCAUCUUCGUGGGCGUGUGCUUUGUGGUGAUCCUGCUGUUGGUGAUUGUCCUGCGGAAGCGUAUCCGUAUUGCCAUCGCCCUGACCAAGGAGGGCAGCAAGGCCGUUAGUAGUGUCUUCAGCACCGUCUUCUUUCCCAUCUUCUCGUGGGUGCUCUUCAUAGCCGCGAUCGCCUUUGCCAUCGGCGUGGGCCUCUAUUUGGGCUCCAUAGGACAACUAUCGUUUCGCAUGGUGCAGCGCUUGAACGAAGCCGGCGAAGUGACCAAGGAGCGCUGCGUGUGCGAGGGUCCAGCCAUCAACUAUACGGUGGGCAGUGCCUGCGAUCCGCAGUUGUUUGAAAAGCACUGCUACAAUCCGGAGGCCUCGACGACCGGCUUCUUCCAGCAAUCGCAGCGAGUGGCCUGCUCCCAGACGACAUGCAGUUUCCUGGACAUCGACAAUCCGCCGCUGAUCAAAUGGGCCAUUUUCUACAAUAUUUUCGGCUUCCUCUGGCUGAGCUUCUUCAUUUCUGCCUUCAGCGAUAUGGUGCUGGCGGCCACAUUUGCCAGCUGGUAUUGGACGUUCAAGAAGCGCGAUGUGCCCUACUUUACGCUGGCACGAGCCUUCGGCCAGACGGCCUUCUACCAUUUGGGGACGCUGGCCUUUGGAUCGCUCAUCCUGGCCGUGGUGCGUCUCAUCCGCCUGGUGCUGGAGUACAUCAAUGAGAAGCUGAAGAAGUACGACAAUGCGGUGACCAGGGCGAUACUCUGCUGCAUGCGCUGCUUCUUCUGGCUGCUGGAGACAUUCCUGAAGUUCCUCAAUCGGAAUGCGUACAUCAUGUGCGCCAUCCAUGGCAAGAGCUUUUGCACCAGCGCCAAGGAUGCCUUCAAUCUGAUAAUGCGCAACUUUUUGCGGGUCAUAACCUUGGAUCAGGUCACCGACUUUCUGUUCUUUAUAUCCAAGCUGCUGCUCACGGCCGGUGCGGGCGUGGCCACCUAUUAUUUUCUGGCCAACAAUCCGGCCAUUGUGCAGCUCCAUCAUAGGGCUGUGCCCACCACAGUCGUCGUGAUAGCUGCCUUUCUCAUAACCAGCGUGUUCUUUGGCGUCUACUCGACGGCAGUGGAUACGUUGUUCUUGUGCUUCCUCGAGGAUUGCGAGCGAAACGAUGGCACGCCGGAAAAGCCCUUCUUCAUGUCCAAGCAGCUAAUGAAGAUUCUAGGAAAGAAGAACAAGCUGCCGCCACGUCAGCGUCGCAGCAAAUAGAGGAAAAUCGAAAUGACAGUGCAAACUAAAAGAUAAUGGAAACUCAUCUAUAUACAUAUAUUUAUAAAUAUUAUUACAUAUAUCCCAUACCUUAUCUAUUGGGUUGUGAGCCCCAUUGCUCAAAGCCUCAGAGGAUGACGAGAAGUAGAGCUGCAAUAAGAUUUACAUGAAAUGUAUGACAAAUGCAACUUUUUCUUUACAGAACUUGCCAGUACUUUUAAUCUCUCCAAUCUCUAAUCUCCCCUUUAUAGUUACACUAUGUAAAUUUGAUUUGAAAAACGAAGACGGAGGAAGGAAACGUCUGUCUGGACAUCAUGUGAUAAGCGCAUACGACACUAAAGACCAAAAGCAAUAUAAAACCUUUAAAAAAAAAAACAUUUACACCCAGUGGUCGGCAGCAAUACCAUAACAUUAUUGCCGUUUAGCAGCACCUCUGUAUACCAUCCCCACAAGAUAGGGCCGUGCCGAACCACUGACACCAACAACCACACAUAUCUCUCGAGAACCAUUUGAUUUUUUGCAUCCAAAUUGGACAUCAUAUAUCGAAUUUAAUAAAAUUGAAUUCCCAUGCA